UCUUUUCUUAUUCAGUUCAUAGAAUUUUGUGUUCUUCCUAUUUCAGUCCUCAGAAAAGCGAAUAACGAUAAUAAUUUCGAUUUUAUCUGAUUUUGUUUCAUAAUAAAAAAAAUGUAUAGGAAGGGGAUAGCUCACAGUUGAUUGUGAAUCAUACGUAUUUGUACAAGCGCCGAGUGUAUAAAAAUGCUUCACGUGAUUUGAUUAUGUCAUUUUUUAGUUCACUCUCGAGAAAGUUUUUUUUUUUCAUUUUUUGAAGCUCGUGUUGAUUCGCAUUUAAAUCGUGUAAUCGGAGCCCAGCAUGGGUAGGAUAUUUUUUUACGGUAUUUUAACCACAGCUUUCGCGCUGGUUUGCGGUUUCUCGUCGUUGGACCAAGAUGAGAUGAAAAUGUUUAAAACCCAGAAAUGUCCUUUCGCUGGCAUUUUAUCAACGACUGAGGAAAACGGAAGUGAUGACUCGUUAUCAAAAGUCGAUUGUAAAUGUAAUUCUUCUGCCAAGUACCGAACAUUCGAUGGUUCCUGUAAUAACUUGGAAAACCCCAAGUGGGGUAUUGCCAAUUCACCUGUAGUUCGAUUGUUCCCUGCAUCUUACGCAGACGGAAAAAGUAAAAUAAGAUUAAGUAAAAAUGGGAGCCCAUUGCCAAAUGUCAGGCAUGUUCGCUCAACUCUACUUCUAGAUGGUGAAAGUCCUGAUCCCGAUCUUACACUUGGUGUCAUGUCAUGGGGACAAAUGGUCGCCCAUGAUGUAGCUUUUCGUACAAUUUCUCCAGAAGCGCCAAAAUCCUGCUGUAAUCCGGAUGGAAGUUUCAAUCCAGAUCCCAACUGUCUCCCUAUAUCAAUUCCGCCAAAUGAUUAUUUCUAUUCUAAAUUCAACCAGUUGUGUAUGGACGUGAAACGUGUUCGUACAGCGAAUAAUUCAGCAUGUAUUACAAAGCCAGCGCAGCAAAUUUCAGGGGUAACCCAUUACAUGGACGGAUCAUUCAUCUAUGGCUUGAAUAAAAACGCUUCCGACACACUUCGACAAUUCAAAGGCGGAUUACUGAAAACUCGCUCAGCUGAAGAUGGUAGACCAUUCUUGAUCAACGCUAAACAACCUACCAAAGUCUGUGACGUGUCUAGUGACUCCGAUGUCUGCUAUUUGUCCGGUGAUCCGGAAAGAGUGAAUUUGAAUACUGAAAUUGCAGCUACACAAGUAAUGUUCUUGAGACUGCACAAUAUACUCGCUACAGAUUUGCAACGUAUGCACCCUACAUGGUCAGAUGAGAUAAUUUACCAAGAAACUAGACGAAUUGUUAUCGCCAUUGUACAGCAUAUCACGUAUAACGAAUAUGUGCCUUUGUUAUUGGGUCCAAAGUACGUAGAAAGUCAUCACUUGGCACCUCUGAAAAGUGGAUACGCUAAAGGAUAUAAUUCAAGUAUCAAUCCAUCAUCACUCAGCGAAUUUGUAUCGGCUGCAUUCCGUUCCUUUCACAGUUCUAUUGUAGGAAGCCCUCAACUAUUCAGUGAAAAUCGGUUAGUUCGGAAUUCAAUACAGCUUUCUGAUCAUACAAACAAACCUGGUAUUAUUCAAGACUCGAACAAUUUUGAUUAUUUUUUACGCGGAUUGAUUACACAACCACAAAGUGAACAAGAUUCCCACUUCACGGACCAGAUUACAAAUAAAUUUACAGGAAAUAAAACGAAACCUCUUGCUGAACGAAAUGGAACCGAUUUGAUUAGCAUGGAUAUAAACAGAGGAAGAGAAUACGGAGUACCACCAUACUCCGAAAUGAGACGUUUCUGUGGAUUGCCCCCCAUAAAUAAAUUCGAGGACUUGAAAGAUGGCAUGAAUACUGAUAAAAUUUCAUUGCUAUCUAAGGUUUACUCUGAUAUUCACGACGUAGAUUAUUAUGUUGGUGCAGUACUUGAACACAAGUUACCCGGUACGCUGACUAGUCCUUCAUUUCAUUGUGUCAUUGCCGAAGCAUUUUAUAGGUACAAAUUUAGUGACCGAUUUUUCUACGAAUUCGAUGGACAUCCAGGAAAAUUUACACCAGCACAAUUAGACAGCAUACGGAAUUUCACCUACUCUACGUUAAUUUGUAUGACCAGCGAUCACAUAAAAUCUGCUCAACUUUCUGGAUUCCGGAGACUCAAUCCUGCAUCGAACUCAUUGAUACGCUGUUCUGAAAUCACAAAAACAUUCAAACUGGAUCCAUGGGCAUAGUAUAAAAUAUGUUUCAGCUCUAAUUUAUAAUUCUACUUCUACAAAUUGUUUUCAUGUACCCACCAUGAAUUGAAAUUAAUUGGGUCAUUUGUACUUCUCUGCGAAAUAUGUAUGUACUUCUAUGGCUACUUUUAUCUUCGCCGAAACAAAUUUUGUAUUUUAUACAAAUAAACUCGUACAGAUGGCA